GUAGAAUUCCAGUCCCGGGGCGCACUGAAAUCUGUGCCCGUCCCUCCCAAUAUCAAAACCUCAGCCAGCCACGUCAAAGCACCGCUCCACCACCUAGUAGGACUGCCACUCUUCUCUGUCUCUCUCGCAGUCAGCGUCAGUUCCCCGCUAACCUCGCACUGAGAAGGUGUGUCGAACAAAUAUCGCAAGAAAGUAAGGGAUAUCAAGUGAAGGAGAGAGAGAUAGGUCGUCUUGUCUUGGUUCUCCCGUCAUGAAGAUGCUUGGAGUGCCAUUUGCCCUGGUUUGGGUGGUUUUCGGGCUGUCCUGCAUUCUCGCUGGAAAAGUGAACAAACACAAGCCGUGGAUCGAGACGUCGUACCAUGGGGUGAUCACGGAGAACAUGGACACCGUCCUGCUGGACCCUCCCUUGGUGGCCUUGGACAAGGACGCCCCUGUCCCUUACGCAGGGGAGAUCUGUGCGUUUAUGAUCCAUGGGCAGGAGGCUCCGUUCGAGGCGGUGGUCCUAAACAAGACAUCAGGGGAGGGGGUCCUGAGGGCCAAGGGCCUGGUGGACUGUGAGACCCAAAAGGAGUACACCUUCCUCAUCCAGGCCUACGACUGUGGGGCCGGGGCCAACGGGGUCAGCUGGAAGAAGUCACACAAGGCGGUGGUUCACAUCCAGGUGGAUGAUGUGAAUGAGUUCUCUCCUGUGUUCCGGGAAGCCAUAUACCACGCCGCGGUAACGGAGGGGAAGAUCUACGACAGCAUCCUGCAGGUGGAGGCCUGGGACCAGGACUGUUCCCCGCAGUACAGCCAGAUCUGCAACUACGACAUCGUCACCUCCGACACGCCCUUCGCCAUUGACCGCAAUGGCAACAUCAGAAACACGGAGCGUCUGAGCUACGACAAGCAGCUGCGCUACAAGAUCAUGGUGACCGCCUUCGACUGCGGCCAGAAGAGGGCGACGGAGAGUGUGGCGGUGCACAUCGAUGUCAAGCCCGUCUGCAAACCUGGCUGGCAAGGUUGGAACAAACGAAUGGACUAUGAGCCCGGAACAGGAAGCAAGCAACUGUUUCCCAAGAUGCACCUUGAGACUUGUGACGGCCCGCUGUCGGCGGUGAGAGCCAUGGUGGAGCUGCAGACCAGCCACAUUGGGAAGGGCUGCGACCGAGAGACCUACUCUGAGAAGUCCCUACAGAAACUCUGUGGUGCGGCGUCUGGCAGCACGGACCUGCUCCCCGCCCCCGCAGCUUCCACCAAUUGGACGGCCUCGCUGCUGACAGACAGUGGGCGGGAUAGCGACCUUAUCUUCCGCUUCGACGGGCGGCAGGCCUCCAACGUGCCGGAGCAGGUGGUUCCACAGAACCUGACUGACCAGUUCACCAUCGCCACGUGGAUGAAGCAUGGGCCCAGCCCCGGUCUGAGGGCUGAGAAGGAGACCUUGCUCUGCAACUCUGACAAGACCGAGAUGAACCGGCACCACUACUCCUUGUACGUCCACAACUGCCGUCUGGUUUUCCUGCUCAGGAGAGACUUCACCCAGGUUGACACCUUCCGCCCUGCAGAGUUCCACUGGAAACUGGAGCAGAUCUGUGAUAAGGAGUGGCACUACUACGUGAUCAACGUGGAGUUCCCUGCCGUGACGCUCUUCGUAGAUGGCGUAACCUACGAACCCUACCUGGUGACCGACGAUUGGCCCAUCCAUCCCUCAUCAAUUGACACCCAGCUGACAGUGGGUGCCUGCUGGCAAGGUGGUGAGGUGUCCACCCCGCGGUUCACCCAGUACUUCCGGGGCAGUCUGUCAGGUCUGACCAUCCGGCCAGGCAAGAUAGAGACCCAGAAGGUCAUUUCCUGUCUACAGGCCUGUAAGGAAGGACUGGACAUCAACUCACUGGAGAGCCUGGGCAAGGAUAUCAAGUUUCACUUUAACCCAGCCCAGUCGGUGCUGGUGAUGGAGGGAGAGGACCUGGAGAGUGUCAACACAGCCAUGGGCAAGGUCUCCUACAUCAACUCACGCCAGUUCCCCACAGCAGGCCUCAGACGGCUACACAUCACCACCACCGUACAGUGUUUCGGGGAGGACAUAUGCAUCUCCAUCCCAGACAUUAAGGCAGUAGUAAUAGUCCUGCCACCCAGCGAGCCACGGAUCACCAUCGCUGGUUCAGAUCGACUCGUCAAGCCUUCCUCCGACCUGCGUGGAGCCACGGGCGUGGCACCCUUCAAGGAGCUGCGCAUCACCAGCACUGUAACCAAGAGCGACGGUGUGCCGUUCAGCGCAGGUACAGUCCACAGGCCUGGUGUUCUGGAGGUUAUGCACAACCUGGAUUACUGUGAUGUCCUGGUGAUCGGAGAGGAGCUCAAUCCAGAGCAUGAGAGUCUGGAGAUUCACCACAGCUCCCUAAUAGGGAAACACCUGGAUGCCACAAACUCCACCUCAGGCAUCUCCAUAUAUGGUGUGGACUCCAUGGCCCACUAUGAGGAGGCCCUCAGGCAGGUGCGCUAUAGGAACUGGCGCCCGGCGACCCUGACUAACAGGAGGUUCAGGCUCACCUGCUCCGAGCUCAACGGCCGCUACACCAGCAACGAGUUCAAUCUGGAGAUUAGUGUCCUCCACAACUCAGCACCCGUAGAGCAUGUCAAUCACAUGGCUGUCCAAUCCCAGUACAUGCGGCCUGUGCAUCAUCCACUGAUGGUGCACACUCUCAAUUCCCACAUCUCAGGCACCCCUCCAGCUGCCACGGUGGUGAUUGUGAUCUGUAUCGCCGCCCUGGUGGUCAUAGUGGUGCUGGGCAUCUACAGGCUCCACAGUACCCACCUGGACGGGUCCAAGAGGGAGGAGGACGGGGCCAAGGACCCAAAGAUGGACUGGGACGACUCCACCCUCACCAUCACAGUCAACCCUAUGGAGGCGGUGGAAGAGGUGGUAAGAGACGAAGAGGAAGAUGAUGAGGAUGAAGAAGAAGAGGACGAUGAGCAGGCAGGUGACAUGAGUGCAGAGUCAGGCGACAGUGAUGAAACUGAGGAGGAAGAGGAGGAGGAUGAGAGGGAAGUGAAGAAGGAGGGAAAGCAGAAGAGCAAGCUGGAAUGGGAUAGCUCCUCGAUAACGUAUUGAUCUGUCACGCAUGUACACACACCUACAUAUUAUACAGAAUCUGCAGUCACAAUCAUUUGUGAAAAGGGCACAUUUUUUAAUGAAAUGUUGCCCUCUUCUGGUCAAACUAAGGCAUUACAACCAAAAAGGUUGACUAGCCAUAAGCAAUUGUCCACUUCUCUUGCCAGUGGAGCAGAUUUCUCCCAUUUUGGUGUAACUGCACGAUCCUAUUUAAGACUGCCAUUGACAACACAAUAGGGCCAAUUGAAAAUUUGCACAAGCACAUUUCCACCUUAUAUCCAAUGGCUUGUUCAUCUGUGCUGAAUUAUUUCCGGGUUUGGACACAAAAGAUUGGACACCACAUUUUCCCCCGUUAUCUAUCUCAAUUGCUUUUUGUUAAGCUCUUGGAAAUUUGUUCAUUGUAUGUCCGCUCUUUAGCAUUAAUACAAAUUGUUGAAUUUUUUUGCAAUUUUAAUACUGUACUUUAAAGUAUUUUUUUUUGCAUUAGAUUAUGAGAUUAUAUUUUAUUCAUUUUAAAUCUUGGAAAUGUUUAUUUUACGUCUUCUGAAAGACAGACUAACAAAUUGUCAUUAACAGAGGUAUAAGAGAGGAUGUAUUUACAAAACAAAUUUUGAACAUUUUGAUAGAUUCUCCUUUUUUUCUGUCUGCCUGGUUCUUUUUCUUGAACAUAUGAAAAAGAGAGAAAAGUUCCUGUAUGUUUUUAUAAAUCCCUCGUAACGUGUAUAUAGCAGGUAGCAUAGCUGAACUAUAAUUCACCUUGUCUCCCACCUACCUUUCCUCAAACUGUAUGUCCAAAUUUGCUUGCAUCAGGGGCAUUUUGAGUAGUCAAGUUGCCCCUGACCACAUAUUUAGACUCAAAUGACCUUCCCUCAAUCCUAACUUUAAACAUUUGGAGGGAAAAUGGACAACUGACCCUAGAUUAGUGCUUGAGGGUGACUUUAACGCUCAUGGUCAUUUCUAUCUCUGUGUUUGCUGUUGACUUGUGUCCCUGCUUGUGUCAACCUACUUCUGAGGCUGAGAUGAGGGUAUGAGAGUAGGCACUUAAAGGGAUAGUUCACCCAAUAAUCAAACUUUCAUACAUGAAGAAUUAUCUCAAGUCCAUGCCAUAUGUUGUUUAAAUCACGCAAUAUGCACAUGUAAGCGUCUGACAAACAAAUGUUGGGGUAAACUCCCUUUAGUCACCACCAGAGGGGAACAUCAGUCAAAAUUCCGAUUAUUGUCUUGACAGGUUAGCAUUUUCAGCCUGGGCAGAGACAACUUGUCACAUUGGGCGCGUUCGAGCGGAUCACUUUUGUCAAGUCGGUGCGUUGGUCACCGCCUUUCAACGUGUGUUGCAUUAUGAGAAUAAAAAUUGUCUGACUUGCGCCUACAUGUCGCCUGCAUUAACUUUACAAAAAUCAUGUGAUCAAAAGGUAAUGAAGUUUCUGCAGUUGCUCUUCAUCAACUUCAUCCUGCAGCAAUCGCCUGCAUUGUGGGAGGCUCUUGUCAACCAAUCAUUAGGGUGUUUUUGUUUAACCCACGAGAAAGUGACUCAAACAUGAUAUAUACAAAUGAAUGCGAUAUUUUAGGCUCUCAGUAAUUGAUUGUAGCCUACAAUGUACACACAUAUGAUUUCAGUUUGAGUGAUAUGGGGGUUGGAGAUGUUUAUUUUGACAAACUUUUAUAAACAAGGCAACACUGCCAUGUUAAAUCUGAGCUUUGCUGUUUGAAAACCACAUUAGUGUCCAACUUUCGGCUGUCGCAGUUUCUCCUCCCACGACUUCAUUCCUCGACUUUCAUCUACAGUCAGUUGCUUUAGCCUUACCACUCAAACACGCCCAUUAUCUUUGGGCACAUCUCAAUGGGCUAAAGUGGCUUCCUCUCCUUGUUUUCUUUCCUUCACCUGCCAUUAAAAACACAGGUAAGGUGAAAGUAAACUGGUGGGUGCCAUUGCCUACCAGAAUUCUGCUUCCACCUGCCCAUUUCAUGUCCAGACAGAUUAAGGAAAGGAGUCAAAGAGACUGAGUAUUGAGAUACACCCCUUAUGUUUUUCUAUGACAGGCCACCUCUGUCAGAAGUCCCACUGUAAAAAAACUGAAACGAUUGAUCCUCUCGCUCCUUCUCUGGUCGCCUAUAACAUGUCUGCUGUAGCUGAAUCUAGCCAACUCCUUGUUUCUGACCCCUUGUAUUUCCCAGAAUGCCACUCUAAACACUGCAUCCGUUACAUGUUUAUGUCUGUAGCAGUGGUUAGAACUCUUCCCCCUCUCGGCCUUAACGCCUGUGGUUGUAAUGUUAUCAUUGUGAGACGCGUCUACCAUUGCCUUGUUUCACCCCAUCUUUAUACCAUGGGAGAAUCUCAAUUGCACACUCCUCACAUCCUCUGUCCUCGCCUCCUUAAAACCCAUUGGAUGAGAAAGCCAGAGGUCCUGCCCCUCUGACCUUCUCCUCCAAUGGGUUUUGAGAAGGCGGCUAGCGAGAACGUGAGAAGUAGGCAAUUGAAAUUCUCACCAUGCGUGUCAUAGAGGAGUACAAAUAAACUGUUUUGCAUAUAAACCCUUUAAAAACAGUUCAAGACAGUUAUUUUAUAUAUGAUUAUUUUUGUUUUGUUUUGUAAAUGUUUGGGGUUGCUUUCUCUUUGGUGGUAAUGGCAGCACUUUCUGUACAUUGACCAAUAAAGACUUGUUUUAGAAUCUA